GCCCACUGGCACCAAAGCUCGCCCAUUGCACUAGAAAACUCAGCUUAUGGCCACUGUAUCUUAGCUCUGCCCCGAUCCCCGCUCAGUAUGCCUCGAGCAACAUCGAAGUGGAGAGCAUGGCUCUUCCACCAGGUGUCACCUUCACCGACGAGGCCCUAGAUUACACACGGUGUAUACAGGCAUGCCUCACGACAUAUGACCAGGAAGUAGACAUACAACGGAUGCUUUGCAUUGUAUUGAACAUGCUGCACUCACGGACUGCCAGCGAUGUUCGCUCCGGGGCUGAAGCCGGAAACCCGAAGGACAUCCUUGAACUGGGCAUACGACUGUGCAAAGGAUGUGGCGUACCUGCAAAAGACGUCGAGGAAGCCAUAAACCAAUGGCGGCGCCUCACCGACCCUGCGCAUGCGGAGCGACUCUCGAGCCCACCCAGUCGACGUAUCGUCGCCCAAGCAUAUUCCUGUAUUGCAUACGCCUACAACGAGAAAUCAUGCCUCCCCAACCGAACCCUGCAGAUUGACGACCUCAAGCGCGCCGCCGAGGCUGCCGACGCAUCCGUGGGCCUAGGCUUCAUAAGUCCAACUGCCCUCUUCAUCGCCCAGUUCUUGACAACGCGCCUCCUGGAGUCACCGGUCAUGGCCUGACUUUCUGGGACUUACAGCGCUUUUCUGGCCUGGUGGAACUCCGGCGCGUCUGGGAGCGCCGGAAGCGCGAGGUGGAACAUGAGGAGAGGG